CGGGGGCGGAGUGACGGAGCGGCGCGGUGUGUGUUUCAUUGUAUCUGAAUUACAAAAAAACAAAAUAUCGCGGGUGAAGUCCGACAGCUGAUGUUGGGUUAAGAAGAGAAGAACCGCAAUGAGCACCGCCCAUAACCGCGAGAAGGAAAAUAAAAAGAAACUGCAGCAGUUUUUGGGAGAUCUCGUUCUGCUGGGGUCGCUGCAGGGGUUUCAGUAUUUCCAGCCGUGGCUUCGAGGCAAAGAGGAGCUGCUCCUAACUGUGGUGAACGAGGAUGUAGGCUGGAGGUCCCCUUGUUUUCCUGGCUCGGUGGCCUCUUCUCUCAGCAGUAGCAGCUCGGGAGGCUGCAGUGUGAACGGUGGGGUGCUGGGGAGCGAGGAGCGAGCCCGGCUUCUCUCCAGCAGGAUCAGUGAAGGGUACCUCCUCCCCGCCUCCCCCAGCGAUCACGAGCUAGCCGUUCCAGAAGUAAACUGCACCCUGUUCCUAUUGGCCGGCUACGCCAAGUAUGGGCGGCCCUACGCCUGGAUCCGCUCCAAUCACGAGCGGCUGGUGAACAUCGGUGGUGCUGAUUCGCUCGUCAGGGACACACCCAUGAAAUUGAAGUCUCUCGCUGAUUGGAGCACGCAGGGUACGCAGGUUUGGGAGGUGGUCAGUGAGUUGGUCACUCUCUGUACCUCCCCUCCUCCUCUCAACCCCUUCUCUCUGGACAUGCGCUUCGUCCAGUCCCUCCCGCAGGCCCAGAGGCUCCUCGCCUCCGGAGCGCUGGUCAACUUCCUGGAGAGGAUCGUCGUCAACGGCAACCCGCAGGAGGCUUAUCACAGCAGAGUGGUGGAAGAUUUGGACAGACUCCAUCGCUUUCAUGUGCAGACUCUUUGGGACGUCCAGCGAUCGAGGGCAGAGGGACAAGCGGACAGAGCCGGCGAAGACCAGCUUGGUCAGCCUUGACCGUUGAGCACUGGGGCUCGCCGGACUCAGAAACGCGAAAGCAGACCGAACGAAUUCCGAACGGCUCCCAGGUUGAAAUGUCUGUCAUCGGACAUUGAAUUUAAAUAAAAAAAAAAACAAAAAAACACACAUUUCAAUAUUCAGACCAGUUAAAAGACCAAGGAUUAAAAAAACAGACCCAAGCCCCUCCCACUCCCUGCCAGCCCCUCCCACUCCCUGCCAGCCCCGCCCCCUCCCCUCAGCCCCUCCCACUCCCUGCCAACCCCACCCACUCCCCUCAGCCCCUCCCACUCCCCUCAGCCCCUCCCACUCCCUGCCAACUCCGCCCCCUCCCCAGCCCCUCCCACUCCCCACCGGCCCAGCCCACUCCCCCAGCCCCGCCCACUCCCCAUAGCCCCCCUUAGCCCCGCCCCCUCCAAUCACUCUAAGUACAGCUUGCAUUACCUUGACAAACUAAACCCGCUCCAUGAAACAGACGAGGAUCACUUCUGAAUAUAAUACUGCAUUCCUGCCUAUAGCCGUGUUUUUAAUGUGUCGUUUAAAAGCCAAAACAACCUUAAAUUUGCUCUAAUCAUAAUAAUAUCAGUAAUAUAGUGAACCUAUUUUCAUCUGUCAGAAGUUGGUUUAUAUAAUAAUAAUUUGAAACUGUACUGUGAAGUGACAUUUAGUGAGAUUUUGACUGUGCUUGCAAACUGGAUUACACGAAUGUAACAAACAGUCGCUGACAAAAUAUAAAAUGCAUGAAAAAUAUUUAAUAAAAAGAAAUACAAAAAAAUAUAUAUGCACAAUUAACAAUUUGUACUAUUCUAAUUAAAAAAAAAUGUUAAGCAAUUGCUUUUUCUAUAGGUAACCAAAUGUAUAGAACACGUUCCCCUAUUUAAAAAUGAUAACAGGAUGUAUGGAAACUGCACCGAUUACUGAAGACCCAGUCAGCGAACACUGGGAAGCAUUCUCGAAUUGGAA